AUGCAAAGACGGAAAGAUAAAGUUAAAGAUAAGCCGGUCCCAGACCCGCACAGAGAGUACUUGGACGCUGAGUCCAGCGACGAGGAGAGAGGAAAAGGAGACGAAGGAAAGGAGGUCGUGGAAGAAUUAAGAGCGGACUAUACGAGGGAGGAAUUGAAUGAAUUGGUACACUGCGUAAAAGAUAUGACGACACUGAGUGGAUUGUCGAAGAAGGAUUGGACGUAUCAGUGUCAUCUGAUUAUUCAAGAGUUCUUUGAAAGCCCAAAGCAUCUCGUGCUCUGCAUAUACUACGAGGAUAAAAGGAACGUACCAACAGCCUUGCUGUCUUUUCCGUCAACACCGGUACACGAGCUUUGUUACUUCGUACGAAAACCUAACGAGAUAUUUCGCUUGGAGAAUUUCCACGAUAGCGUUACGUUUGGCUCGUUCAAUGGUAACGUCGAAGCUUACAUUCUCGGAGUUAUUCAAAAUGCUCUGGCGCCGGUAUUCUUCAAGAUAGACUCCUGGCCCGACAGUGACUUUCACACGAAUAUAGACGCCUUUCUACACAACAUGACUGAUUUCACGUACAAAAUGCUGGGCUUAACUGUGAUAUAUGUACCUACCUUCAAUAAAGAUCUCACUGUCGAAAAAGCCAGUGCUGAUAAGGAGUUGAUCAAACGACUCGAGACUGUAGUGACUUACUGGACCACUCAAAUCAAAUUGACCCUUAUCGAUGAAGAAGAAACCGACCUUCACGAGCUUCUUUCACUCGAUGACGAAUACGAGUUUUGGAUCUACAGAUACGAUAAUCUCUGUGGACUAAAUUAUCAACUUCAGAAGUCUACGGUUGAUCGCAUCGUGAAUAUAUUAUUGGAAACUCAGUCGACUUACGUGCGUCAAUUUCUCAUGUUACGAGAAGAAAUACAACAGAAAAUGCUCGAAGCAAGAUCGAACAUUGAGUAUUUAACACUUCUAAGGGAACCUUGUGAGGAAUUAAAACAAUGUACUACACCAGGUGGGUUAGUUCCGAUUCUGCCAAAAAUUAUACAUCUUUGUAGGACGAUUUGGUUACAUUCUCCUUUCUACAACACCACUGAAAAAAUGGCAAAUCUGUUCAGUGCACUAAGCAAUCAAAUUAUUAUAAUUUGUGAAAACUUUAUCGAUCUUCAACAAGUAUUCGAAGGAAAAACUCGUGCCAGUAUUGAAAUGUUUUCCGAUUGUAUUCGUGCUUGCGAAGAUUAUAAGAAACAUUAUCUUCAAAUUUCAGAUGCCCAUAUUACUUGUACCAAACAUCCAUGGGAAUUAGAAACAGAUUAUAUUUUUCGUCACAUAAACGUUUUUAUCGAAAGAUGCCAAGACAUGAUAGUCAUCUGCGAAGCGAUGAUAGAUUUUGCUAGAAUGGACGAAACAACGAACAUCCUAAGACCGAAGUUUCCUGGAACCAAAGGAGAGGAACACGGUAGAGCCUGUCAAAAAAUUGAGAGACUCUUCUUCGAAAGUCUUGAGAAAAUCGAAGCAAACUCCCAUAAAAUAUUCGACGUGUUGCACGUCGCUUGGAAGAACAUUAUGUCUAUCUUUCGCGGCGAAGUCAGAGAAUUGGAGAUAAUAAUCGAAAACUUGGUAGCAACCGUCUUCGUCAUCAUGAACAACGUGCAAGAAGGUAUCGAGAAUCUCCGUGGAUUUUACAAUUAUAUGAACAGAGAGAAACUACAGGAGCUCUUCAAUAAUAAGACUAUGGAGGUAUGGAAAAUGUUUGACGAUGAUAUUCAAAAUGCAAAGCAAGAUGUCUUAGAUAAAAAAGAAGAAUACUCAUCGAUGAUGCCAUAUUAUUCCGGAAGAGCAUUGGCUCUAGAACAAAAAGCUAAUAGCUUGCAAGCAACGAAAAAAAUGAUGGAAGAAGCUGAAUGGUUGCCCUACUGUGCUAUGAAAUUCGAGAUCUUCCAUCAGCAUGAAAUCGUGAUAAAAUCAAUCAAAGAUGCUAUAGCCAAUCUCCAUAGUGAAUGGAUCGAAGCAGCUGGUGAAAAUCCACGCACCCAUUUGGAUCGAUCCUUGAUAAGACGAAAGGAAAAAUCACCUUUAUUAAUGGAAUGUAAUAUGGACCCUUUUAUAUUAGAUCUUUGUCGAGAAUGCGAUAGUUGGAAUAAUCUUCGAUUCGAAAUACCAAUUCAACUGACUGUCAUAUACGUCAAAAAGGAUACCAUUUUUUUUGUUUACGAAGGUGUUCUCGAGUUGAUCUACACUUACAAUACGAUCAUCGAAGCAUUGUCCGACAUGGAACGUGAACUCUUUCGAGGAUUAAUCCUGCGGGUCAACGAAAAGAUCAAUCCUGGAUUAAAUAGACUAACGUGGAACACAGACAACGUUGAAAACUUUGUCGAGGAUUGCUACAAUAGAACCGCUAAAGUAUAUUUUAAACGAUUUCAAUAA